AUGGAUAUCAACUUAUAUAUUCAUAGUAUUGAAAUAGAAUUUAUAACAAAUAACAAGAGAAUAUAUAAUAAUGAAGAGGAAGACAAUGAAAAUGAUAAUAUUGUUUAUUGUUUAAAUAUCAAAGUGGAAGAUCAUUUAGAGGACAACAAUUCAAAAGAAAACUUUUAUGAAACGCCUUGGUAUAUGUGUGUAAAAAUGGGAGAUAAGGAAGUAUGUAUGAUGUCAUAUGAAAUGAACAUUACUCAUAUAUUCAAUUUAUUAGAAAAUAAUGAAAUUCUUACCUUAUAUAUUUUAAGAAAGAAUCUGAAAAAUGAUAAAAUAGAAGUUCUUCAUAGAAACGAAUUACACAUUAAAGAUAAAAAAUAUUAUGACAAUGAAAAUUCAAUAAGUUUUGAUAAUGAUAAUAUAAAAGGGAAAAUAAAAUUAUAUUUAAAAAAUGCUAUUGUAUAUAAUCAUUUAUUAAAAAAAAUUCAGUCUGAGGAAUUUUUAAAAAAUGACUUUUCAUGGAAAAGUGAAAUAGAUAGUAUCAAAAAUAUGAACAAAAAAAUAUUAUUUGAUGAUAUAAAAACAAGUGAUAAUAUAAAAACAAGUGAUGAUAUAAAAUCAAGUGAUGAUAUAAAAACAAAUGAUGAUAUAAAAACAAAUGAUGAUAUAAAAUCAAAUAAUCUUAUAAAAUCAAAUAAUCUUAUAAAUUCCAAUGAUGAUAAUUUGUUAUCACAAAAUAAACAUAUAAGUACUAUAUUCGAUAAUUUAUUAAAUACAAAAAGGACAUUAUAUUGGGUUUAUAUAGAUGAUGAUAACAAAGAACAAGGACCUUUUAAUAGCUAUACUAUUUUUAAUUGGGUUAGCAACGAAUUUUUCGAGGAUAAUACUUUAAUAAGACUACAUGAUCAAAAGGAAUAUUUUAAAUUAUAUCAAGUUAUUGAAUAUAUCGAGAAAAAUGUUUUAUUAUAUGGUGAAUAUGAUACUUUAUUCAAUGAAACAGAGAAAGAGUGUGAAAAUAAUUAUUUGUUAAAUAACAACAAAAAUGAUGAUAAUGUCAAUGAUAUAUCUAACAAAGAUGUGUUACAAGAAAUAAAUAAAAUGAACAAUGUAAAUAAUAUAAAUAUAAAUGAAUUGAAGGAUACAAAAGAUUACAAACACAUUAUAUAUAAUGAAGAAGAAACGAAAGGUAUUGAUAAUAAUGUAAAAGAUGAAAACAAAAAAAAAAAUAUAUAUGUACAUAGCAUAAAGGAUAAUCAAAAUAAUAAUAUAUAUUACGAACCUAUAAUAUCAAAUAAGGAUCAUAUUAUUGUGAAUAAACAAAUUGAAGACGAUCAAAAAAAUAUAAAUUUCAAUAAUAAUCAUAUUGAUAAGAUUGAAAAAAAUGAGAAGCAAAAAAAUCAAGUUAAAAGAUUGAAAAAGGAAAUUAAAAAAAUAAAAAAAGAAAUGAUUAAAUUGAAGGAAACAUAUAAUAAAGAUAUAUAUAAUACUACAUACGAUUCGAUGGAAAGGGUUUUAUAUUCUGAUAAUAUAUCUAAGGAACAAAAUAAUAUGGAAAAUACAAAUGAUGAUAUUACAUCUAAUGAAUAUAAAAAUAGUGUGAAUAAUAAACAAAAUAAUGUUUGUAUAAAUAACAAAGAUAUUGAUACUAUAAAAGAAAAAAAAACAAAUAAAAAUGAUAUUGAUAAUAUUAUUUUAAGUACUGAUAUUAUUGAAAAAGAUGAUCAUGUGAACUGUAAAACGGAUGCUCAUUAUGAUAGUGAGAAAAAUGAAGAGAAUAAAAAAAAUAUAUUCAUACAAAAUCAUACAGAAAAAAUAUUACCCGAUAAAUCUUUAAAGGAUUCUACAAAAUUGUUUUCAAAUAUUAUGAAAAAUGAUAAAGAAAAAAAAAUAUUAAGUGAUGUUACCUCUACAGAUGACAAUAAUAAAAAGAAAUUUAUUGAAACUGCCAUGUCUAGUAUUAAUGAAGUUCAAAAAUGUAUAUUAAAAAUUAGAAAGAAAAAAGUGACCACAUUUUUAAAUAAAAUAAUGAGUACUCCUAUUCAUACAAAAACAACACAUUGGAGUUAUGAAAAUUUAAAAUUGGAUCGGAAAAAAUAUAGUAGUUUUAAUUUAAAAUAUGAUGAAAAAAAGAAUAUGAUUCACAAAAAUGAAAAUUUAUUUGAAGGAAGUGAAGCAAAUAUAUCAUACAUACAUGAUAAAAUAAAAAGCAGCACAACCAAAAAGAAUAGUAAUAAUUAUCAUAGUAAUUAUAGUUAUUAUGAUUUUCAUUCAUCAUUAGAAAUACCUGAAGAAGAAAAAAUCGAAAGAAAACAAAAAAUUGAAGAUAAUAAAUGGGAUAUUAUUUAUGAAGAUCUAUCUAAUAAAACAACAAGUAAUAUACAAAUAUAUAUACAAGACAAAACAGAAAAAAAAAAACAAAGUAUAAAAGUACAUAUUAAUAGUUUAGUAAAUAAUCGUAAAAUUAUAUACACAUAUAAUACAACCUUGGUAUGGUUUUUAAAAUGUAUUGCUUUAAUACAAUAUAAUGUAAAAAAAUGGUUAAUAAAAAGAAAAAUAUUAAAAAUAAAUAAUAAUAAUAAUAAUAAUAAAAUAAAAAAUAUUUCUUACACAGUAUCAUCAGGUCAUUCGUCUUCAAAUAAUAAUUAUAAUACAAAUAAUCUUCCUAAAGGUGAUAAUAUAAAAGAUAAUUACAUAAAAUAUAAACUUUCAUCUGAACAAAAUAAAAAUUAUAUAGAACAUGAAGAUAAAAAAUUAUAUUAUGAACAAGAAGAACAAAAGAAAAUAAAGGAAAGUGUAAAUAAAAUAAAACAAUUACUAAGUAUGCAAAAUAAAUUAAAAUAUAAUGGAAAUUAUAAUAAUUCUAGUAACAAAAAUAAUAAUUAUAUAAGCAAUUCAAAUAUGUUUCCAAGUUCCCAACAAAAAAAUUAUAAAAAUGGAAUAAAAAAUAAAAAUUAUGGAAUUCAUAAUGUUGAUUCUCAUUAUAAUAAUAAUAUUAAAACAUUGAAUAACCAUUUAAAUAUGGAGGUGGAAAAAAAAAAAAAAAAUCAGAAGGGGGAAGGUUUAGAUGUUGAAUAUAAAGAUAAAGAAAAUAUUAUUUAUGAAUAUAAUAAAGAAAAAGAAUAUAUUGAUGAAGAAUUAUUACAAAAGGAAUAUAAUAAAAAUAUAAAAGAUUAUGAAAAUAAAGAAAAGGAAAAACAAGAAAAGGAUGAUAAAAAAAAAAAUGUAUACGAACAAUUAUUUAAAUUGAGACAUAUUAAUAAUACAUAUCAAGAUCAAAAUGGCACCAUAGCAAUAAAAAGACAUAAUAUUGCAACUGUUGAUAAAAAUAAACCUUUAAGUAAUAAUAAUACAAUAAAACAAAGAGACCAAUUAUAUAUAAAGAAAAAAAAAAAUUUUAAUAUUAUGCAUGACCGUUUAAAUGAAAUAUUUAAUAGAUAUAAAAAUGAGAAUUAUUGCCCAUAUGAAAUGAGAACAAACAAAAAUAAUGGUGAUAUAAAUAAUAAUAAUAAUAUUAUUAAUGAUAAUAAAAAUUAUGAUUAUACACAUAACAAAGAAGAAAGAAUAAAAAAUGAUGACCAAUAUAGUAAUAAAACAAAUAAUAUUAAAAAGGAAGAUUUCUCAUAUAGUAGAAAAGAUGUUCUUUUAAAUAUUGUUAAUAAUUUUAAAUUUGAUAAUAUAUUAAAUGAGAAAAAAAAAAAUUGCAAAUUACAAAUGAAUAUGGAAAAAAAUUCUAUAUAUUCUGUGCAGGAGUUUCUAAAUAAGAUCAAAGAAAAGGCACCAAAAAAAGCAAAUAUAAAUAAUGAACAUACAAUCAAACAUAUAAAUAAUAGUAAAUUUAAUAUUACCAAGUCAAACCAUUAUGACAAUAGUAAGUGUACUCAUCUUAGAAAUAUAGAAGAAAAUAUAUGUAAUACAAAUAUACACAGAAUGUUCUCGAAUAAAAAUAUUAUGAAAAGCAAGGAUUUUUAA